CCUUGUUUCUCUGAACCCAUCAUGGCUGAUUACGACAACGACAACGGCCGUUACGCUGACGAGCCCCGGUACGACCGCGACCGUAGCGCCUCCCCUCGCGAUGAGCCCCGGGGCGACCGUGCUCGCAGCCGUUCCCCCAACGGCCGAGCUGAGGACAGCCGUCCUGGCCCCCUUCGCAAGGCCCAUCUCGUGGAGGAAGAAGAGGAGGAGGGCGCCCAGAACACCGGCUCCAACCUGUUCGUGACUGGUAUCCACCCGCGUCUGACCGAGUCCGACAUUUCGCGUCUCUUCGAGAAGUACGGCGAUGUCGAGAACUGCUCCAUCAUGGUCGACCCUCACUCCAAGGAGUCGCGUGGUUUCGGUUUCGUCAACAUGAGCACUGGUGAGCAGGCCGACGCUGCCAAGGAAGGCCUUCAGGGUGAGGUUAUCGAGGGUCGCACUCUCAGCAUCGAGAAGGCCCGUCGCAGCCGUCCCCGUACCCCUACCCCUGGCAAAUACUUCGGUCCCCCCAAGCGUGACGAUGGCCGUGGCCCACCCCGUCGUGGAGACCGCUACGAUGAUCGCCGUGGCCCUAUGGGUGGCGGCGGUGGUAACUGGCGUCGCCGUGAUGAUGAUUACUAUCGCUAUGGCCGCUACGACUCUUACAACGACCGCCGCGAUUACGGUCGCGACUAUGGCCGUGGUGGAGAGGGUGGUGGUCGCGGUGGAGAUGGUGGCUAUCGCCGGGACUACGGUGGAGGUCGCGAUUAUCGCCGUGAUUCUCGUGAUGACCACGGCUACCGCGGUGGCGGUGGUGCUGGUGGCCCCGAUCGCUAUAGCGACCGUUACAGCCGCGAUGAUCGCCGUGGUGGUGAUGACCGUCGUGGCGGUGGUGCUCCUAGUGCUGGUGCCGAAGGCGGUGCUGGUGGUGAGGGCCGUGGCUACUAUGAUCGCGAUGCCAACCCUCCCAGCUACGACGCAGCCCCUCCUCGUGAGCCCCGUGAGCCCUACUCCGGUGGUGGCGGUGGUCGCUCCUACGAGGGCCGUGGUGGUGAGGAGCGUUACGGCAGCAGGUAA